GGCGUCGCGCGUCGGCGCCUCGGUCACGCUCGCGGCGGCGCGGCACGAGGGCGCGCGCGGCCUCGUCGCCGACGACUGGGACGGCGCCUUCGCGGCGAACGUGUUGCGCCUCGCGCGCGACGGCGACGAGCGCCGGCGGCUGAGCGUCGCGCUGCGGCGGGGGCGGGUCGACGCGCCGCUCUUCUCGGCGAGGAGGUGGGCGCAAGGCUUUGAAAGAGCUAUCUCCAAGAUGGACCUGACGGGAGAUAUCGAACUGCCGGUGCCCGUCGACAGCUGCCACGCCAUCGUCCUGGGCAGCGCGCCGCGGCGGGUCGAGAGCUACGAGCGCCUCGUGGCGUCGUGCCCCGAGAUCAAGCGGCACAAGGCCGUGGAAGGGAAGGACGCCCACGCGCUGAGUCGCGCGCUGAAGGACCUCGGCGUGCGCCUCGCGACGGACGUCUGGCAGGCGACGGUGGGCCAGGUGGCCUGCCUGUGCUCCCACGCGCAGCUGUGGCGCCGGUUCGCGCACUGCCCGAAGCCCUUCUUCGUCGUCCUCGAGGACGACGCGGUCCUGCCCAACGGGCCGGACGCGUUCCGGGAGGCCGUGGAUCAGGUCUGCCGGGGCCCGGAUUUUGAUGUGUGCUACCUCUACGUCUACCCCGACCACUGGCCGCAGCCGCCGAAGAAGCUUAAUCCAUCAAAGGUCCGCGUCGCCACGACGGAGGGCUUCCGCACGUGGUGUUUGUUAGCCUACGCUGUGAGUCGAGAGGGCGCCCGCAAGCUCCAGCACCUGAUCGAGACGGAAGAGGUCUACGCGCCUAUUGAUUGUAUGGUCGCCGACUGGGGCCAGCGCGGUUUACUAAACGUGCGCUGCGUCGACAGCCAGGGCAUCGCCGAGAACGCGGGCCAGUUGGAUAUGCGCGUGCCGCAGAAGGACGCGCUCCCGUCGAACAUCUGGGGCACGGGAGACUUCAAGGGCGGCGAGCCCGUCAAGAGCCACGCCAUGCCCGUGGCGUCGGGGCGCGCGGACAGUGAUGGGUUCGUGGACUAAAUUUAGUUGUGUUU